UGUGUGGAGGGAGACGGUCAGGAAGAUGGCGGGUGGCAGCGGGCAGACCGUGCGCUGGGAGGGAGCCGGCUACCUGCGGAUGAGGCUGUCGCUGGCGGUACUGAGCGGCCGCACCGUGUGUAUCACCGGGAUAAGGAGCCUGGAGCUGAACCCGGGGCUGCAGGAUUAUGAAGCAAGCUUCAUUAGAUUGAUGGACAAAAUAACAAAUGGUUCCCGGAUUGAAAUAAAUGAAACUGGUACUACACUAAAUUUCCAACCAGGGCUUCUGCAAGGAGGAAGGAUUGAACAUGACUGUCAUCCACAACGCUCCAUUGGCUACUACCUGGAAGCCUUGCUCUAUCUAGCUCCUUUUAUGAAGAGACCAUUAAAAGCCACCCUGAGAGGCAUCACUAAUGAUCAAACAGAUCCUUCUGUUGAUACUCUUAAGAUGACAGCCCUCCCCUUAAUGAAACGGUUUGGUAUAGAUGGUGAAGGACUUGAGCUAAAGGUAGUCCGGAGAGGCAUGGCCCCUCGAGGAGGCGGUGAGGUUAUGUUCUCGUGCCCAGUGCGGAGGUUUUUAAAGCCUAUCCAGUUAACUGACCCUGGCAAAAUUAAGCGGAUCAGAGGUAUGGCAUACUCCGUCAGGGUGUCUCCACAGAUGGCCAACAGGAUUGUUGAUUCGGCCAGAAGUAUCUUGAACAAGUUCCUACCAGAUAUCUACAUCUUCACUGAUCAUGUGAAAGGAGCACAUUCAGGAAAGUCACCAGGAUUUGGCCUCUCUUUAGUGGCAGAAACAACAAAUGGAACCUUUCUCAGUGCUGAACUCGUUUCAAACCCUCAAGGUCAAGGGUCACCAGUCCUUCCAGAAGACCUUGGCAAGAGCUGUGCAAAGCUUCUUUUAGAAGAAAUCUACAGAGGUGGCUGUGUAGAUUCUGUAAACCAGAGCUUGGCCUUACUGUACAUGGCCCUUGGACAGCAGGACGUUUCAAAACUUCAGAUUGGUUCACUGUCGCCAUACACGAUUGAGUUUCUGCGGCAUCUGAAAAGUUACUUCCGAAUAAUCUUCAAAAUUGAAGCCCAGCCCAUGGAAGAACAGAAAGGUGGAGAUAAAGUGUUAAUGACUUGCAUUGGUGUUGGCUUUUCUAACAUCAACAAGACCGUCACGUAGGAAGACUACUGUUGCAUCUGAAUGUGUUUGGCAUCGUUCGUUGUAUAUUUAAAACUUCCCUCAAAAAAUUGUAUCUUUGGAAUUUUGUGCAUGAAAACCGAUGUUUCACAAGAACACACCAUUUAUAAUCUAUAACUUGCAUUCUUUUGUCAUUUGGCUAAUACUGAAAGUGAGUGCUCAAUGCAAGUUUAUUGGUGUCUAAGAAGAAACUAAUGUUUCUAACAUAGAAAUUAAUCAACUUCAGUCUUGAACAUACUGAAUGACUGCAUUCUGGUGCAGAGAAUUGCAACACUUUACCACUCCCUCUGAAAAUAAUUUCUCGUCUCACUCCUAAGGGCCUGUCCCUUGUUCUGAGCCUCUGUUCGCUGGUUCCACGUGCACCUCAACUGCAGAAGAAUCCUUCUGCAUCAACCAUGUCAGUCCUUGUAAGAAUUAUGUUUGAAUGAGAGCACCUGUUAUUCUAAACUACAGAGAAUAUAGGCUUAUUCUAUUGAAUCAUCUUCAAUGACAGUUUGUCAAUUUCAGGAAUUACUUGAUGAACCUUUGCACUCCCUCUAUGGCAAGUAUCUAUCUCCUUCGGUGAGGAGACCAAACAAUGGUUCAGCUGUGAUCUAGUUAAGGCUGCAAGUAAUUGCAAAAGGACAUAUUUACUCAUGUACACAAACUCUAUUGUAAUAAAAGCCAACAUAACAUUUGCCUACAUGUUAAUGCAAUGACUCAUACAAGGACAUAUCUGUCCCUUUGAAGUUGGAUAUUUCCCAGCUGCUUUCUAAUAAGAAAUAGAUUAUUUUUCUUAAAACUGGAUAACCCCAGUUUCUCCACAUUGUAUUUUAUAUGCCAAGUUAUGCCCACUCCUUAGUUUUGUUAUCUACUAGCUUGAAAUAUUACAUUUAAUCCUGAUAUUCAAAUCAUGGAUAAAUAUUGUAAAUAGCCAUGCCCAAACAUUGAUCUUUGCAGUACCACAGAACCUGAAAAAGAACCAUUUAUUCCUACACGUUGUUCCUAUCUGUGACCAGUUCUCUAUCUGUGACCAGUUCUCUAUCUGUGACCAGUUCUCUAUCUGUGACCAGUUCUCUAUCUGUGCCAAUAUAUUCCUCCCAUCCUCUGAGCUCUAAUUUUGUUUCCCUAGGUCUUGUUUGAAACCUUACCAUAAGUGUUCUGAAAAUCUAAACAUACCAUAUCCACUAGAUCUCUUUCUGCAACCUCCUCCUCCUUCCACCCCCCCCCCCCCCCCCCAUAUCUAUUCUGUUGCUUACAUCCUCAAACUCCCAACAUGUAAAAUCUAGCAUAAAAUCACUUUUUCCAGGCUGUCUUAAAUUUGAACCUUUUUUUACGCCCCAUGUACUCUACACUAGAUUUGAGAUGUGCGUUAUCUUUUUACAGUACAUUUUCCAGCCCUCAAAUACAGCAAAGAAAUGAACUGUUAAUUCUUAGAGGAAUCGUUUCUGCGUGAUUCUGCAGCAGUCUGGCCAAGAGAAUAACUGGGCAUUCCCCUGUCCUGUCCCACCCAGAACCCAGUCAUUAGAUCAUUAAGUUACUGGUUCACCUGCAUCUGUCCCUUCCCAGCAAAUAGGAGGAGUUCACAAUGGGGAGAUUCCACUGUCUAAAAAGUCGUACUUUAGGCAUGCAAACCUGCAAUUUUAAAUAGUUGAUCAUUGUAGUUUUGGCUCAGCUUGAACAUUGUUGUUUCUGAAUCAAAAGGCUUUUGAUUUCAAACCCCAAUCCAGAGACUUGAUUUCACAAUUUAGACAGGCAUUUUGAUACUGUACUGAUUGAGUGCUGCACUAUUGGAGGUAUUGCCUUUCGGUUAAGACUUUAAACGAAGACCUAUCUCCUUCAAUGUCUUCUGUUGUCCAGCUCGGCCCCCACUCACUCAAACCUCGGGUACGAUUGAAAGAUACCAUGCCAAUUUUGAAUAAGAGCAAAGAAUGUCCUUUGCUGCAUAAAUAUGUGCUGAAAAUGUGUUGCUGGAAAAGCGCAGCAGGUCAGGCAGCAUCCAAGGAACAGGAGAUUCGACGUUUCGGGCAUAAGCCCUUCUUCAGGAAUGUACAUGUCCCUUUUCCAGCAACACAUUUUCAGCUCUGAUCUCCAGCAUCUGCAGACCUCACUUUCUCCUGCAUAAAUAUGUGCCAACUAAUGUUAUGUGAUCAUUCUCUCUUUGCUGUUUUGGGGAGUAGCUUGCUGCCUGCAAAUUGGGUGUUUUAUUUCCCGGUGUUAGAAAAAUAAUUGCAGUUCAGAGAUUGCUGUAAAAACCUUCUCAGACAUCCUGUAGAAAUGGGUAGGAACAGGAAUAGGCCGGUCAAUCCUUCCAACAUGUUUGCAGUUCAAUUAAAUCAAGGCUGACCUUUACUUAUUUUUUAACUCUCCUUAUUUCUGCAUGCUUUAAUAUCCUUACCGAACAAAAGCUGAUCAAACUUAUGCUGUUAGUUUGGAUGUGUUGCAGAUGUACACUACUCUGUGAAAAUGUGUUAACUGACAUCAUUUCUGAAUGAUCCUAGAUUAGAGUGGUGCUGGAAAAGCACAGUAGUUCAGGCAGCAUCCGAGGAGCAGGAAAAUCGACGUUUCGGGCAAAAGCCCUUCUUCAGGAAUGUACAGGAAUGCCCGAAACGUCGAAUCUCCUGUUCCUUGGAUGCUGCCUGACCUGCUACGCUUUUCCAGCAACACAUUUUCAGCACAUAUUUAUCAGGAAUAUUCUUUUGCCCGAAACGUAGAUUUUCCUGCUCCUCAGAUGUUGCCUGAACUACUGUGCUUUUCCAGCACCACUCUAAUCUAGAAUUUGGUUUCCAGCAUCUGCAGGCAUUUCUGAAUGACUCAGAUCUAAUUCAAGAUUAUGCCUUUUUUUUUUGUAUGUAAUCCUCCUAUGAGGGUAAAUAAUUUCUCUCUUUGUCUCUUUUAAAUCCUUUAUCUUAAACACUUAGAUUACUCCUUGUCGGAGAAAUUUGCCCAAUAGAUUAGAGAUCACAAAACACAGCUCGAAGGGAAAUUGACACACAGUUUAUUGCAAGUGAUAUCACUGGAGGAGAAAACUGACUAGCUGAGACAGAACUGACAGUCUGCACAGAGAAUUUGAUUUCUCCUCCAGUGAUAUCGCUUGCAAUAAACUAUUUGUCAGUUUCACUUCGAGCUGUGUUUUGUGAUCACUAACCUGUUGGGCAAAUUUCUCUGACACUCCUUAAACUACUAUACUCAAUAUAAAUCUAUUCAACCUCUGCUCAUAAAUUAAAUUUUGGAAUCAUUCUGGUGAGUCUUCAGAAUGCUUUUUUAGGCCAUUGUAUUCUGACUGGAUGCUGUGUCCAGUAUUGGAUACAGUCUGACAUAAUGUUGAGCCAUAGCCUUAUGCAAAUGGAGAUGCAGUAUCCAGGAUUGAACACAGCAUUCAAGAUAAGGUCUAAACAGAACUUUAUGCAAGUGUAACAUAACUUCUCGCCCUCAUGAAAAGAUGUGUGAAGGAUGCUACAUGAAUUCUAAGUUACAUAUUGCUUUUGUACGACUUGAUGUUUUUAAAAAAAUUUUAAAGAUAGUUCAACGUAAGGUAAUAUUUGUUGGGAAAAGAACUUUCUUAAAGUUGCUGUUCAUUUGUGUGAACGACCGUGUUCUAAUGGUUUGUCACUUGUGUACUUUUUUAAUAAUACAGAAGUUAGAUUUUAAUACUUUCUUCAUUUUAGUCAGUGUUGUUCCAUUUAUAUUGUUCAU